AUGGACAUAAUGGAAAAAGAAAACUCUUGUUCAAAUGCUAAGAUAUUUUUAGAAUCAGAAAAUAAAACCGAAAAAAUUGAUGGCGGUAAAGAAUAUGACGAUGAUGAUAACAAUUUAAAAAAAAAUAAUUUUGCAAAAACAAAGAUGGAUGAUAAUGCGAGUGAAAAUAAAAAAGCUGAUAAUCACAAUGGCGGAGAAAAUGAAAUAAAUAAUACUAAAAACGAUAAUACAAUGCUAACUUCUAAUGGUGGAGUCAUGCCAUCAAAUGACGAAAAUAUGCUAUUAAGUAGUAAUAAUACAGUAAUUUUAUUAAAAUGUGUAAAUAAUAAAAGUAAAGUUAGAAAUAAUUCUAAAAAUAGCUCCAAAGGUAGCUAUAAGAAAGAGAAAUAUAAAAGAAGUCAUACAAAAAAAGAAAAAAAGUUUAAAGUAAAUAGUGCCGGUGAAGAUUUAUUAUCUGAUUCUCGGGAUUAUCCUUCUUUAAAAGUGAAUUAUAAAAUUAAUAAAAAAACAAAGAAAAUGGUAUUUCCCCAAAUGACAAUGAAUGAUAAGAAUGAACGAAUUUCUAGUAGUAUAUGUACAGAUAAUGCACGAUUUAUGAAUUUUUUAAAAGAGCAUGGAAAAAAUGCUCAUUACAAAAAUCGUAAAAGAUAUAACAUACGGAGACAACAAAAAAAAAGUAUUCAAAAAAAAGAUGAUAAUUUAAAAACAAUAAAUAAUUAUAUAUUAGACAUUCAUGAUAGAAAUAUGUCUAGUGCAAAUAUAGGAUCAAAUAAUAUACAUAAAUCUAAAACAUCGUUAAAAUAUCAUACACAUGAUGAACAAGGUGACCAAGCUUAUUUAAGCGAAUUACAAAUUGCAGAAAACGAACAAACUGUAAAAAAUAAAAAUCGUUUAAAAAGUUAUUUAAAUACAAUUAAAGAGGAAAAUAAAAUUAAAAAACACAAAGAUAAAAUUAAAGCAUUCUUGUCUCAAACUCGAUCCUUUAUAUUUCGAAAAAAAACAUUAAGAAAAAGAAAAGAAAAAAUUAUAAUAUUUUUAAAUCAUAAUUAUACACCACCAUCUGAAAAUGGAAAAUUUAAUGAUCAUUUUUAUAAAACUAUACAUAAGGACGAUUUAGAUAAUUUAGAAGAAGAAAAAAUAUAUCUUGACAGUAAUAAAGGAAAUACUAUCAAAAAAAUUAUAUAUAGAAUAUUUCCACAAUUUUCCAUAUUUAGUUUAAUCUUAUUUGUUACAUUUAUUCAAUGGGUAGUAUUUAUUAUACUCAUAUCCGUAAAAUCUGAUUUUCCUUUAACACCAUCAAAUGAUUCGUUAAAGAAUUUUGGCAGUAAUUUUCCUUAUCAAAUUUUUAAAAAGGCAGAAGUUUAUCGCCUUUUUACAGCUUUGUUUUUGCAUUCAAAUUUCAAUCACAUUUGUGCCAAUACAUAUGUCCAGUUAACUGUCGGAUUCUUAUUAGAAUAUUUGUAUGGAACAUAUGUCGUUUUUUUAGUUUACGUAUUCACAGGCAUAUAUGGAAUAAUAUUAUCAUCUCCUUUAACAUAUUGUUACUCAACUACAGAAAGCAGUAGUAGUUCAUCGGGAAUUAUUGGAAUAUUUUUUUCAGAAAUUGUGAUGAUGACUAAUUUUAAUGUAGACACAAUUAGUAUUAGUGUUCAUUUAUUUUGUUUUUUUCUUCUUCUUUUAUUUCUUAAAUUCUCAUUGAACACUAUCAGUAUUAAUAUUUAUAGCCAUUUUUUUGGUUUCAUUGGAGGAUUUUUGAUAGGAAUUAUUUUAAAGCGUAAUCAAUUGAAAUACUUUUUAAAGAAUAAUUUAUUAAUUCAAAUAUUAUCCCUCGUUUUUCUCAUUGUAAGCUUAGCAACUGCUAUUUAUAUUUCAACAUCUGUCAUCCAGAAUUGCCCAUAUUAG